CGAGCGGAAAACAAGAACCCCUUCCAAGGAGACAAGCUAUAAAGAACACUCGAAAAUCCAUCCCUUCUUCCUCCGAGACAUCCCCUCAAUCAAGCCUUUCAGUUAUUCUCUAAUCUUCGCCUUGACUCUACCAAAAACAUCUUCGAGAACUCACUAUCGUUAAAACACACUUGUUAAGAAUCAAGGCAGAUAUCAUCUCUUUUCGCUACCCCAUUCGCCUCGUCGAAAGAAAGACUCUCAGACUCCAGCUCCUCCAAAAUAAUACAGCCUACAUCCAGCCAAAAAAACUCUUCCGAAAUCCGGCAUCAUCUCCUCAAAGCUUGCCACUUUCCUCUCUCUUUUAAUAAAAGAUAUCCCCCACACACACACACAACUCAUCACCAUCUUAGCCUAAAUAUCUACCCCCCCUAAUUGCCUACCCCAGAUCACUAACCAGUCGACCAAAAAUAAUCUUCUUCGACUCCAUGAUGCCUACCCCAGUAUCCGCCUUUUCGCCCUUUACCCCCUUCACACCAGCCUCGAGUGCGCACAGCCCAGGCGGUUAUUUUGAUCGCCCAACGGCAGGCACUCUGGGAAUCUCAUCGCCUCUCGGCAGACGACCUGACAUGCGCAACAGCGGGGUUGGAUCCUCGAGCUUCUUGCGUAUGAGUCGAGUCGCCGGCACGAGUGAUAGCCUCCGACCACCCACCGAAAACGGCUGGAAGGUGGCCUACCGGAUGCGAGAUGAAGCAUGGAGCGCCUGGGAGCAACAGCUCGGAAACUUAUCCCUCCGCACAACCGACAACAUCAACCUAUCCCGCGACACCCUUCGGGUCUCAAACACCCGCAAUUCGAUCCACCACAACGUGGAAGAAUCUCAAGCCAUCAAGCCCCGAGCAGCCCUCACAGAUCCCAUGAAGAAGUCUUCCAACCCUCGGUUCCCGUCCGAGUUAGCUCUUCCUCAGAUCGCCCCCGGAUCGGGUCGUUCCAUCAGCUCUAACGGUCUCGUUCCUCGCCCUCCCAAGUUGGGCAUCAAGCGCAGAUCCUUCGAUCCUUCUUUCUUCCCAAACAACGCCCACUUCCAUGAGAUCGAGAAUGUUCGGGUUCAGUAGUAAUCCCACCACUCAUAUGUUGUGGUGUGCCUGACUUGUAACGUCCUCGAUAAAUUUUAUUACACGCUGUGGUGUAAUGAAGCAUUCGAUGCCUUCUAACACACCUUACAAACCUGUUUUAUUCAAGAAAGAGCCUCCUGCCCUCAAUCAUCCGCGCACAACAGAUGAUGAUCCAGUUUUCUCAAUUAUUUCAUUUCCUCUCGUUAUCGUCGCUCUUAUUCGUUCCAAAACAAGUCGUAGUAUUAGUAUUGUAAACUCGGACCCACUUUCGUUCAUUUCUAACCCCCAGUUCCCAAUUCAAAAGUAGUAGUAAGCUCGUCCGCAAGAUAUAUUUUGUACUCUUUCCCACCCCUUCAGCUCGGCAGAACAAACCGUUGUUACAUUUCUUUGAUUAAACAGACGUUAUCAGUAGUACACUCUUCUUAACCACCUUGUCUUCUUCAUUUGUUUUCCAUGCUCACUGACCGGCUAAAACCCCCCACUGAUCAAGUAGCAAUGUCAGUUGGGAAUUGACUCUUUACCAUUCUUUCUAUGCGGCCAAACACAGACCCUUGGACAGCGACAAAAUAGUGAUUCCAA